AUGAAGCGCGAUCAUGCUGUGACACUGACAACAAGCCAAGCGCUCCCGCUCUCGCUGCCGCUGCCGCUGCUGCCUUCGCUCAGUCCACCCAAGUUCGCCACCGCGCAUUCGGCUACAUUGUCGCACCCGCAGGCCAGCUCGCACGCGCACCCCAAUGGCCUUCGCCGCUCGUCCAACCAUGGGUCAUCGUCCGACCGCGGAGACACCCCCUCGCUCUCGCCGCCGAGCGAAACCGAUGAGCGAACCGUGAUCUUGAACCACGACGGCAUGGAUGCCAUGACCAUGCCCCAAUUGACCUCAUCGCUCAAGCACGACCUCAAUAUUGAUCUUCAUCAUCAGCAACACCACAACUCACCCUAUGGCAUCGACCAACAUCGAGCCUCACCCUUCGUGUCGACGUCCCCUUACCUCCACGACGACCUCGAAGCGCUUACUCAGCGCCUGGCCGCGCCCCGCGCCCCCGCGCUCGUCUCGGCCUCCACCUGCGGCAGUUCGGUGUUCGAUUCAGGUCAGUUCGAUUGCUAUUGCGCACUCGCCGGUAUCGCACUACCCAGCCUAGACAAGGACGCUGACUCUGCGCCGUCUCCCUUCGUGCUCUCAGCCCCCCCUUUUGACCUGUCCGACUACAUCCACUCGGACUCCAAGGCAAGCCUCGAAUUCGCGAGCAUGCCACCUAUGCACGAUUUUGAUCUCUUCCACAACAUGAGCUCGGUACCGGUCUCGCAACCCAGCUCCCUGCAAGGCCAAGUCGGCGCGCACAAUCACGCUCCCUCGCCGUUCGCCCGUCAUGCCGAGCUAGACCAGUCGCUGCAGAGCCCGCUCGGCAUGUCACCCCUCGACUCGCCCUCCGAGUACAUGUCGCCCUACUUUGCCUCUCCGCACGAUACCCAUCCAUUCGCCAGUCCUUCCAUGCCGGCCGAUGUGCUCUUCUCACCCAUUAUCGACCCUCGCGGCACCGCCCUCCCACCCGCCUCCCAGAGUCUCAUCACCGCGAUCGUUCCCGUUCCCGUGGAGCCAACGGCAUCGCCUGCGGACGACGACUCGAUUGCAUUUUCGGUCAAGCACGAGAAGCGGGCAGCCAGUCGUCGCAUCAAGAUCGAGGCUAAUGCGGAUCUAGACGCGCUAUUGGAGGACGAAGAGGACGAGUACGUGCCGACGAUGCGAUCCACAAGACGUGCGGUCAACCCGCGCAAGCGCAAGGCUUCGGGCACCGCCGUCAUCGCCGCUUCUCCAAGUGCAGCCGCUUUGCCCGAGCCGACGGUACGCGAAGGCCGGCGGGCCAAAACGGAUCUUCUUCGCCACGACGAGCCGAUCCAGAAGCGCAACUAUGUCGGCGCAUCGCGAACGAGUCGCAAGGUCUUGCCCCGAGCAAUUGCGCGCAGUCUACCCCGCAACCUCCUCAACGCCGUGCAUCCCGACGCGAACGAACUGCCCGCCGACGUCGCAGAUGCCGUGGACAAGCGUCGCGAACAAAACACCCGCGCCGCGAGGGAGUCGAGGAUGAGGAAAGCCCAGGCCCAGGCCGCUCUGGAGCAAGAGCUCGUCGAUCUGCGUCAGCGCGUCAUUGAUCUCGAGACUCGCCUCGCUCGCUACGAGGGCCCGACCAAGACGAAAAGGACCAAGCUUUGA